GUGGCCCGAUAUAGUGGCAACCUGAAUAGUAAAGUGCCCGAUAUAGUGGCAUGAAAAUCUCCUGGCAAAAUCUCAACCCGAUAUAGUGGCACUUUGCCACUAUUGAGGACGGGGCCCUCAAUAGUGGCAUUUCGGGCAUCACACAUACCCAAUAGUGGCAGUUCCAACUAGUGGGCCCCCACUAUACUGCUGUACCACACCUGCCCACACACACUCUCAGUAGUGGGCGCCACACGUAUCAUGCUAGUCUGCGCGGACCAAGAACUGUGUAAACUCCCAAACCGACCACUGGGAGAGAAAGAUGGGCACGAGUGUCGCCUUGGCUGCGGUGGCAGGCUUCAUGGGAUAUGUGGUGAACCAGAGGAGGAGGGCGGCCAAGAAAUACACCGCGUCUGCAACCCGUGCAUCGCCAAGAAGCAGAAGACACCCGGCUCCUCGAAACAGCCUAAGCGUGCCUCGCCCGAAUCCGAACUUGCCGGAGAUGGCGCCGCGGCGAAAAAGACCAAGCCAGCCGGGAAAGCAGCCGGGAAAGCGGGAAAAUCGACGCGCACGCGGCUCAACUUCGGCCAGCAGCUUGAGGUUCUCAAGCUCUUGGACGAGAAGACGACGUAUGCCGAGAUUGCCCGCCGCUACAGCAUCAGCACCAGCGCGAUUAGCUUGAUCAAGGGCAAGCGACAGCAGCUGGAGCAGGCAGCAGCAACCAACGCACGCAGUACAACAUCCAAGAGCUCGCGAAGGGGAGAUUUUCCGGAGUUGGAGAAAGACGUCCUGGCCUUGAUAGAGGAAGCGCGGAGAGUGCCGCUGCCUAUCACGCGUGCCACGAUCGAGUCGUUCGGGAUCGCCGUCAGGGACAAGCUGGCAUGGGCCGGGUUGGACGAGCAACCCGAGUUUGCUGAAACUCUGUCUGAAGACGCAAAGGAGAUUUUCAUGGAAAAGGUUAACAACACUUUCAAGGAGGACGAAAACAUUUCUGACGACGACGACGAGCUAGACAGCGCCAAAGAUUCUGAGAGUGCGGGGGGUGGUGGGAAGAAGGCGCCGCCGUCGUUCGCGGAGCUGGCUGAUUUUUUUGGUCCUCUAGAACAAUACGCAGAGUCGUGUGGCAUUGGUGACGCCGGGCACUUUCUCCGCAAGGCGAAAAUGGCAUUCUUGGCAGCUACAUUCGCUAGACCGGCACGGCAGUUGGACAUUAGAGUGUUUGCCGACUCGUAGUGCAAUCAGUCGGCUGACGCCUACAGUUGCAGAGCAUCGUGGUGGUUGGGUUGAUGCGCCGGGGUGGGGGUGUUUGAUUUUUCUAGUGCUGUAGGGCUGUUUCAGUUAGUUUCGCGUCUCUACGUUGCUGUUUUCAUGCGUUCUACACGUAGUGUUGAACCCCAUGUUACACUGCCCGCCGGACAAAAAAAAAUGAUAUGCCACCUAUGAUACAAUGCGUUUGGACGUGGUUCCUGUGGUCUGCCUGCACAGAAAAAACAGGUCUUGACCACAGAAGGCUCGGUAACCGUUGGAUAAUCAACGGCCAUUUCAUGUGUUUCAUGCGGAUACUGCUGCACACAAAUAAACCACGAGGAGUGGAACAGUAUACACGGCUUUACAGCGCAUAAUGAGUGUACAGCGUGAACAUCGAAGCUCUUUAUUCGAUAUAUGGCACUAUUGCCACUAUUAGACAGUCGAUAGU